GCAUAUAUUGAAGAGAUAGCUUAGAUUAAGGAUUGAGGCUCAAAGCAUGCUCACUUCUUAUCACCUUCCUAGGGAUUUCCUCACACUUAUCAAUAACACUCCACAAUAUCCAAUUUCUUCAAAACAUCACCCUGUUUGGCUUAUAAGAAAGAAUUUCCUCAUCUUGCUUGUCUUCAGCUUGAUCUCUCUUAGAUCUAAAGGCUAGAAUUUCAUUGAGGGUUUUCACAUGAUCAAACAUCCAAUCCUCAUAAAAAGAGAAAUUUUUGUUCUUGAGUUGUAGAUAUUAUAGAGAUAUGGGGUUGAGUUCUAAAGAGGUUUCUAGCGAUGGUCUUGGGUGGAGCCAGUCUUUGUUGCAGGCUCAAACUCUGGAGUUACCCAAAGCAAUUAAGAGGCAGCACCCACAGAACCAGCAACCUGAGCCAUUAAAGUGUCCGAGAUGUGAUUCUACCAACACCAAGUUCUGUUAUUACAACAACUAUAACAAGUCUCAACCUAGGCAUUUUUGCAAGGCUUGUAAGAGACACUGGACAAAAGGUGGCACUCUCCGCAAUGUUCCUGUUGGUGGUGGCCGCAAAAACAAGCGGCUUAAGACAUCUAAUAGCAGCAAUACAACUGCCGUCGUUGCCUCCGCCGUCAUUGGUAACACUAGUACAACCAGUGUUGCCCUCAAAAGCUCAACUACCUCUGGGGUUAACAAUAGGCUGAAUAACUUCAUGGCAAUCCAACGAUCGCAGCAACAAAGGCAGGAUCUUCAGCUUCCACUUGCUGAUCAGAAGAAGAACACAUCGAGCAUCCAAUUUCAGGUGAUGGGUCGUCCACCAUCUUCAUCGUUGCUGCAGAAUCCUAUCACUUGCGGAGACUUGGACGGAAAAAGUUUCAACAUAAACAAUAAUGGUGUGUUUCUGGGUUCAACUUCAACAACCUUGUCGUUGCCUCAAACUCAAGGCUUACAAUUUCCAUUUUCAAGUCCAAGCUCAAGUUCUUUUGAGACAACCCCAACUUCACUAUCAACCUCAUUCCAAUCUUCAAGUAUCUAUAACUACACUAGUGAAACAAUGGAGGAUCCAACCAUCACUAGCAUCAUCAUGCCAACCCCAAGUGGCACCGCUUCGCAUACAUGGGAUGUGUCUAUUAGAAGCAGUGACAUGGACAUAGCAAACUACUGGAAUUGGGAUGAUAUUGAUGCACUUGUCUCUAUCGAUCCCAACAUGCCAUGGGAUGAUUCUGAGAUCAAACCAUGAACAAGGUCAUUUAACCAUAUAUUCCUUCUCUUCUUGUUUUUGGUUUUCUUAUUUAAUGGACGGUUUUUUUUUUUUUUUUGUUUCUCUUUGGAUGUUAUUUUCCCUUUCUUAGAUUGUUCAUUAAUAUGUAUAGUCUCCCCUUUCAACUUGUAACUGUUAAAAAUGAGCUAUAUAGGCUAUUAGAAGCUGCCAUUUUUCAAAUUCAGCUUCAGGGUGGCGGUGUAAAUUUUGUACUCUACCUCUUAUAUAAUGCGAGAGAAUAUGUAUGAAUGUGUAAUUUUAGGCUAGGCUUUGUUGUUGAUCAUACGAAUGGGAUAAGACAGAGAUGUGGUGGGGUGCAUAAAGAAAGAUAUCAGAAAUGGGGUCUAUUCCAGCUAUGGUGGGCAAACUGAGAUGUGAGGGAAAAAGUGUUGAAAUAUUGGGAGAUGCUUCUUUUGUAUUAGAUCAGAGAUUGAUUUGUUUGGGUAUUGGAAGAACCCUAAUAUUCUUCACGCUAUAAUUAAUUAAUUGAUGAAUUAAAUAAAGUUGUUUGAUUUUUCUUUA